CCUCAUUUUCCCCUUCAGCGCGCCCUCAUUCGCGGGCCGAUCGAGCUUGACCGGGUUGAUGGCGGUGGUGGCCGGAGUCUACUGUCUGUGGCGGCCGCGGCUGUUGUGCUCGAGGUGGUUACCUCCCCGCGCCUCCUCCUACUACUCCGCCUCCGAUUUGGUGAAGCAAACCGUUUCCUCCCACGACAUCGUCAUCUUUUCCAAGACCUAUUGCCCAUAUUGUGGGACUGCAAAAGAUGUUUUUAAAGAACUGAAACAAGAACCGCAUGUUUUGGAGCUGGAUGAUAGAGAUGACGGACCAGACAUUCAAGAUGCAUUGUCUCAGCUAGUAGGGAGGAAUACAGUCCCUCAAGUGUUUAUUCAUGGAGAACAUUUGGGUGGAUGUGAUGAUACCAUAGAAGCAUAUGAAAACGGGAGGCUUCUAACUCUUCUUGGUAUCAACUCAAAAGGUGUUCCUUGAAUGAUUCAUACUGAACACCUUUACUUAAGUUUGGUGUGGUAGUGGUACUAUAAGACUACCUAAUAUAUUGCAAGAUGUGGAAUCCUUCGUUAUCUACUUCACCCUAAACAAAAAUUAAUUGAAGCAUUACGCCAUUUUGUGCUUGUUUCAUCUGAAA